AAAACUAUAGGGAUUUGGGAUCAAAUUGCAAGAUCUCAACAUGGCGGAUAUCGGAUUGGACGGCGUUCAAGUUUCGAUUUUCCUACGUGCUAGUUCAGUCAUCAUCUCACGGAAUCAACUCGGAACAAGUGAACAAAACUCUUCAGCUUUUAACUAUUUCUAUGAGUACUCCAAUUCGCCGAGGUUUUGAAUUUCUUCUUGAAGGUUUUCUGAGUAAUUGGGGACCUUAUUUGUGGGAACUGUUGCUCUUUUGCCUCGAGAAAACAGCAUUUGGUGGGCUCUAUUUGUUGGGAAUCGUGAUGGACGACGACGUAUUCCUCGAUGCUCCAAAUUCUAGUGCUAUAAAUGGCGCUCACAGUAAUCCAUCAAGUCCAAAUGAGAAAAUAGAGAUGAGAACGCUGGAUGGAGAUAUGGUUCGUUCACUGUCUGUCCCAGACGUUUCUCACGACCAAAGAGUUAUGGACAAAUCCAAGGCUGCACAACCUUCCAUUAUUCAUUUCUUUGCGAACUUUGUUAACCGGAAGGCUGUUAAAAAACGUGACACGGACGAAAAGGCUAAUAACGUUAACGUUAGACAUAAAAUUGGCCGAGGACAUGGCUUCGUUCCCUUCCAGCUUCGUAAUCCAACGUGGUGUGACUUUUGCGGAGAAUUUAUUUGGGGUUUUUACAAGCAGUGUGUACGAUGUAAAAAAUGUAAAUAUACCUGCCAUUGGCGAUGUCAUGGAGAAAUAGAUUUAGAUUGCAUAGGAGCGUGGCCACAGAUAGAAAGAAAUAUGUCCAUUGAUGAAGUUAGUAUGAAAACACUGCAUCUUUUGGAACAGAGCGAUCAAAAGAGAAAUGAACCAUACUUGAUGAUUUCAACAAAUAUUUCUCAUGGAAGUUUGAGAAGAAAAAUAGGGGAAUUCAAUACCCAAACAACUGGUCUCAUAAUGACUAUGAAAGAUGAGACCAUUUUCCAGGGAUUUGUAAGAGUUCACAUGAAUUUGUUGCGUCCCGUCAAUGUCGUAGCUGGGGAACGUCCACUUUCAAUACUUGAAAAUGUUGGUAAUUCUGUGGACAGUAAGAGAUCAAGAACAUCAUUCUUCCUUCCUCUUGGAACAGUAAAAGCAUUACAUGUUAAGAGUGAUACUACAGUACAAGAGGUUAUUGAAGCAUUACUUAAGAAGUACAAAAUUGCUGAUAAUCCAAGAAAGUUUGCGCUCUUUGAAAGCUACCAAGAACAAGACAAUCAUGUCAUCCUUCGUAGAAUGUCCGACGUAGAGAAACCAUUAAUGCUUAGGCUAUUAUGGGGUGGAGCAGACAUAAAGCAUUCUUUUUCUCUACAAGAAAAUGAGACAGGAGAUAUUGUGUGGGAAGUCUUCAGCACUCCAGAACUAGAAAAUUUUGUUAAAAUUCUUGAGAAAGAGGAAGAAGAACACAUUGCCAUGGUGAGAGAGAAGUACAGAAUUUUCAAAGAAAAACUUCAACAAGAAAUGAAAGAGCUAGGAAUAUUAGUUCCAACAGAUGAGAAAGCCACUUCUAAAUCCACAAACAACAAAGAUGACAGUACAGAGUCGGCUGCAUAGGGUUACAAUAUACUAUUCAUAAUCCCUUCAAAUGGUCAUAGUAGGGGUCUGCUUCUACAAUGUUGCAUACGACAAGUUCAUCAUGAACCACAACCACACUGGCAAUAUGGCCCGAUUCUCUUGGUAUAAAUGAAAUGUAGCUAUUUCCAAUGCUGCUGACCAGGAUUCUGCAUUGUGUGUAACAUUCCUAAGUUCAUACUUUUGUUGCAGCAAAAGUUGCUACACAUGGCAAACAUCCCUUGGAAACUAUUUCAACAGCAGUGUUGGAUAGUUUUGCUUAGGGAUAAAUGGAAUUGGUUUAAUAGUAAGUAGAGGCAUUUUUUACUCUACUGACAUACCAAAGCCGGUCGGGUGAAGGUGCCAGGACCAAAAUCCAUAAAUAGCUGUAUAUACAGGAACACAGGAAUGAAACAUGUUCUAGUUUAACGUGUUAACUAUUCUGUAGAGUUCUAAAUAAGAAUGACACGAUAGAGUGAGGGCAUUUAACCUGUGAAAUAAUUACUUGUCAACGUGUAAUAGUCAAAUAGACACAAAAGAAAACAAUGAGUAAUAGCCAAAUAUCUAUUUCACAGGUUUAAUGACUUCACUCUAAUGAAGCAAUUAUUUUAUUUACUUUGGUGUGAAUUUUGAAGUUCAAAAAGAAUCUUUCUAAGUAUUUCAUUUCCCAAAUUAUGAACUCAGGUGAUUAUUAACGUAGGCGUGAAGGAGUAUUUUUCAAAUUGAAAUAUUUCACAUAAAAGGACAAAAUAUUUAUAGAAAAUUCAGCUUGAUUGUUGUAUUCGAUGUAAUUAUUUUAAAUAUCACAUUUAAAGCAGCAUGCUAUUGUUUUUUUCAAAUAAAUAACAAGGGUAGAUGAUAAGAUGAUAGAGCUAAGUACAGUGACAUUGCCCAAAUAAAUGGAAAAUGAAAACAUUAAAAUAUUGACUUCCAAAAUACCAAUCAAAAAGCUUCUAAAUAAUUGAGUGUGAUAAGAUAUGGCAGACCUCUGAUUAUGGUGAUUAGGUGUUUAAUUAAGAUAGGUAAAUUCCUUUCUUCCGUAUCAUUUUGUACUGGAGCUGCGCUGCAGUAAUGCUUUUGAGCAUGACAAUGGCAAGUAUAUUGUAAACAAGUAUUUGCAAUGCUUUACUUCAGCUGGAGCUGCUUGUUCAAAAUAUGGAUCAGAUUUUGUUUCAGCUGUUAAAAUAGGACUUACGUCACUAGUAGCAUAGUAGCAGAAGCAACAAUAACAGCAGCAACAGCAGCACUGACAACAGCAACAAAAACAACAGCAGCAGAAGCAACAGCAACAGCAGCAACAACAACAGCAGCAGCAAAAACAGCAGCAGCACUGACAACUAACAGCAGCAGCAGAAACAACAACAGAAGUAUCAUAUAGCAAUUCAAUUCAAUUCAAUAAAAAUAAAUGAUGAACUUAGUAGUAUCACAUUCUGCUCAGAAAGUGAUUCAGUUUCAUUGCAAUGUAGGAUGACAGAGGCAAGCUCCUGCUUAGUGACUGCAUACCAGUAAUCCAUAAACUUACCACUCAUUAAUCUGUAAUAUAUAUUUAAAUACUUUUGUCAAUGCAAUCUGCAUCACCAGGACGAUCAGUUCUCCCAAGAAAAUAAUAAUCUACACAUUAAUUUCAAUAACACUUUUGUAUAUAUCGAUACAUUUGAUGCAAAAUACCCAAAUAAAAAGGUAAUGAUGUAAAAA